AUGGACGAAUGUGGUGGUUUGAAUGGAGUAAUUUGCUUCCCACGAGCUCAGGUGCAAAACUCCAUCAAUAAUACCACGCCCAAUUUCUAUCCUAAAUGGUCAAUCUUCUCCAACUCCUUCAACGUCAAACAAUGCUUUUGCAAGUUUCACGAGGAUCAUGCAAGUCUCAUAUUCAACGUGAUACUUCCAGAAGGGACACACAAGAACGCACCGGAGAAAGUGCGUGCUGCUAUCCACAUUGGACUUCUAAAGGGUCUUUACGUUGGAUUGCUUGUCAGUGUUCUAGUAAUGGUUAUGGAUACAUGA